GACAUAUCUCUUCUCCAACCUGAACCCUCGCAUCCACUCCUCACCUUCAGAUCACCAAAGUUCUCAUAAAGUCACCGACCAUCAAAUACCUGAUCCCUUUCACAAGAUGAAUGAAGAGGUCUUCACCGCAGUCCCAGACGCCGACAUCGGUUUAUCCUCCCAACAACAGAAUUUACUACCUGGCUUAGCUUACCUCACCAAGUUCGGGUCUCCUGUCCAUCCCACCUUCUCUCACGAAAGCCAGUUGAGCGCAACUAAGGUCGGUAUUCAAGAUGGGAUGCACCAAGGCGGCGACGAUAUCUCGCGGUCCAUCACACCUGGAGGUAAUCCAAUUGAUACCUCGCAACCUGGGUUCCCAGUAUUUCACCGGAAGUUUGGAACCCCUGCACCUGUAGGCCUUAUUCCGUUUGUAGGUGGAGCAUUUCUUUUAAACUUGUACACCGUCCAAGCUCGAGGUGUCACCAAACCGAAUAUGAUUCUUGGUAUCGCUCUCGGAUUUGGCGGGCUAGGACAGAUUAUUGCAGGGAUCCUGGAAUGGGCAUGCGGGAAUACGUUUGGCGCCGUAACGUUCAGCUCGUACGGCGCAUUCUGGCUUUCCUUAUCAACUUUGUAUAUCCCCCAAUUUGGUGUGGCCGCGGCCUACGCUGAAAAUCCAGCGAUGCUCGAAAACGCCUUGGGCCUCUACCUCUGCGUUUGGGGCAUAGUCACCGUCCUUUUCCUCAUCGCUAGUCACAGGUCGUCGGUGGUAUUGAUUUGUAUUUUUGGGGCAUUGAGUCUCAACUUUUUUAUCUUGUCAGCUGGAUAUCUUUCAGAGAGCCCGAAAUGUAUCAAAACUGGCGGUGCUAUCGGUAUCAUCACGGCCAUCUUCGGAGCUUAUACAAGCCUGGCGGAACUCGUGACGGCCGAUACCGGUUUUUUCCGAGUUCCAAUUGGGAAUUUGACGCCUAAAGAUCAUUAAUUAGCUUGAGAUCCACCAUCAGUUACGACGGUGGAUUGACCUUGGUUGAUGGGUGGAGCCUUGGUUGAUGGGUGGAGUCUAAUAAAUGCUGUUGAAUCCUUGGUGUUCAACGGAAGAUAAAAUUAGGAAGUUGUGAUCGAUCGGAUAUUAUUAUUAUGUGUAUUUAAGAACAAGGUC